GUUGGCGAACGCCGGCCCCGGUGUGCCGCGGGAGGGGGCGCGGGCGCAGCCCCCCCUGACCCUCGGGCCGGCCGGGCCUCUGCGGGCGAGCCCAUGGCCGGGGAGGGCCUGGCGGGGGCGCUGACGGCCGUGCUGGGGGGUCAGGGGCCGCGCGUGCAGGGUUGUGACUCCGAGCCCCCCGGGGAGCCGCUGGCGCCGGUGCGGCUGCGGAGGAACGUCUGCUACGUGGUGCUGGCCGUGUUCCUCAACGAGCAGGACGAGGCGCUGCUGAUCCAGGAGGCCAAGAGGGAGUGCCGGGGGUCGUGGUACCUGCCUGCGGGGAGGAUGGAGCCCGGGGAGAGCAUUGUGGCCGCCCUGCAGCGGGAGGUGAAGGAGGAGGCCGGGCUGCUCUGCGAGCCUCUGACCCUGCUGUCUGUGGAGGAGCGGGGCCCUGCCUGGGUCCGCUUUGUUUUCCUGGCUCGGUCCACAGGUGGAACUCUCAAGACUGCCCAAGAGGCCGAUGAGGAGUCUCUGCAGGCUGCCUGGUAUCCAAGAACCUCCCUGCCCGCUCCCCUGCGAGCGCACGACAUCCUCCGCCUGCUCGAGCUGGCCGCCCAGUACAACCAGCAGGCCCGGCACCCUCCUCUUCUGCCCCAGGAGCUCCCCUGCACGCUGCUCUGCCAGCGGCUGGUGGCCACCUUUGCCACCGCGCAGGCGGUCUGGGUCCUGGUGGGCACGGCGGGAAUGCCUCACUUGCCCGUCACAGCCUGUGGCUUCAGCCCCAUGGAGCAGAGGGGCGGCAUGAAGACGGCCAUCCUCAGGCUGCUGCAGGAGUGCCUGGCCCUGCCCGACUUGGCCGUGGAGGCCAAGGGGCUGCUGGGACUCCAGCACCUAGGCAGCGACCAGACCGACGGCGUCUGCCUCGACGUGCUGGUGUCAGUGGCUUUUCGGGACCCGGGGCGCCAGACAGAGCCCCCGAAGGUUCGGGGAGAGAAGUUCUCCUGGUGGAAGGUGGAGGAGGAGGACCUGCAGAGGCAGCUGUCACAGAGGCUCCGCGACUCCUCGGUCGUCCCCAUCACCAGAUAGGAAGGUGGCGGUAGGCACAGAGCCUGC